GUGAUCCUUGGGCGCUCAUGCCUUUGGGAGUCGUAGUCUUGUGUGCUUUCCGGGGAUUUUAGAAGCCUGCCCCAAACUGCAGCUGCUAGUUGGAUAGAGUACUAUAGUUAGAGAUGUUGCCUGCUGGGUUCCUCUGCUAGGUGUGAGGGGCGAUGCCUGUGAUGUCUGUGUAAAGGGAGAGGUUUCCUUCAGCAAGCGUCUCCAUGGGGAAGCGCUAUUUCUGCGACUACUGCAACCGCUCUUUCCAGGACAACCUCCACAACAGGAAGAAGCACCUAAACGGGGUUCAGCACCUCCGGGCCAAGAAAGUCUGGUACGAUCUGUUUCGAGAUAAUGCAACCAUCCUGCAGGAGGAGCAGAGUAAGAAGCCGUGUCGGGAAUUCCUGCUAUCGGGACGGUGUGAUUUCGGCCCCAACUGCAGGUUCUCCCACAUGACGGAGGAAGAUCUGGAGCGGCUGAAUGCUCAUGUGCAAGAAGAGAGGAGGGCGAAAGAGCAGCGGCAGGACAAGGCAGUCGUCACGCCUGGCACCAUUGAUGAGUGGCUGGAGAAGAGAGCCAAGCGGCUUGGCACAACUCAGACUGACAGUCCCCUCUCCGAGGAAGAGUCAGUUUUCCAGUAUCCACCUGGUUGGCCUUCGGUCCAGGAUCUUCCACCUUCCCUGCAGGCUCCGCCUCCUGGUGGAUGGCAGGUCCCGCCCAAUCUCCAGUGGGGAUGACUCUGCUGACGCAACCAGGACGCCCUUCAGAACACCAGGCGGUGUCCCUUAUGUCUUUGCUCCCAGUGUUGCGGAGGAAAUACAACAGGAACAGGGAACCUGCGGGCCUCCAGAUGUUGAACUACAGCUCCCAUCCUCAUCAUACGGUGGCCGUGUUGACUGGUGCUGAUUGGAGCUGGAAUCUUGGGGCGGUGCCACAUCCUUCCCAUCCCUGAUACAGGAUGUACAUGUAUGUCUUUUCAGCUUUUCUGAUUAUUGACAGCUGUCCUGCUGCUCAAGUUCAUGCAUAUAUAAUGUGGAAAAUGCAAAGGAGAAUCAAAACGAAGUGGACCUUAUUUAAUGUAAUGGUUUGAUGAGAAAAAAGAAAAUGUGAAAAUUGCUAAUGGAAGAAGUCAGCCGAUUGGGCACUGAAGGGUUCGCUCUGGCAGUCCUUGGAAGGGUGUCCUAGGGUAGAAUGGUCCCAUCUCAAGGCUCUCCGUUGUGAGGGGCAAACCUAUUCUGCCCUUUGUGGCUCCGCUGUCAGUACUGUGGGGAUUAGCAAAAGGGGGGACGUUAUGGAGGGGUGCACUUUGGAUUAACCAGAUCCAAAGUGCUCAUCUUCCCACAGUGUGGCUCCAAAGCGUGGUGGGUGUGGGGCUAAGACCCACCAACCCUGGGAGAGAAAGUUCAGAAGGAGGAAGCGUUCUGUAAGAUGAAAGCAGAAGAAAAUGGGGAGGGGGUGGGAAACCAUCCUAACCCACAGAUGCCAUCAACCACUCCAGCAAGAACUCCAUAGCUCCCUGGAUUUUGCAGGCCCUCCAACUUUGAUUCUUUGCUUUACCUGCAGAGGGUGGGAAUAUCUGUUGUUGUUGUUUAAAUAAAGUUCAGCUGAAAUUUGUA